UUUUUGCUGAAGUAGAAAACAAAAGAGAAGGAGAUUCGGUCACAUUAAACACCGGGGUGACUGAAAUAAAGAAACAUAAUUUAAUGACGUGGAUGUUUGGACCUUCAAAUCCAGACGUCCGUCUUGCUGAAAUCAUCAUAAAUGAUAGCAUCUCAUAUGAUUUUGAUGAGAGAUACAGAGACAGACUUCAUGUGGAUCAUCAGACCGGAUCUCUCACCAUCAGAGAUCUCAAAACUACAAACACAGGAGUUUAUCAACUACAGAUCUCCAACAUCAAAGAGACCAUUUACAAGAGAUACAAUGUGUUUGUGGCCGCUGCAGAACCAGCACUGUCUGCAUUAUAUAUAGGACUGAUAUGUGCUGCUGUCCUGUUGCCUAUACUGGGAGCUAUAAUACUGGCUGUGGCUAUUGGAUAUAGGAGGAAAUACUCUCAACUCAAAGAUGAAAUGAAGACUGUGUCAGUGAUUGAGGGAAAUUCUGCCACAUUGAAAUCUGGGAUCACUGGAAUACAAGAAGAUUAUGAAAUAAUCUGGAGGUUUGGGGCCAAAGGCCCCAUGAUUGCUCGGAUCAACAUAAAGACCAAUGAUGUCCUAUAUAGUAAAGAUGAGAGAUUUAGAAACAAACUUCAUCUGGAUAAUAAGACCGGAGAUCUCAUUGUCAGUGAUAUUAAAAUCAAGAUCUCUGGAGAUUAUCACAUGGAGAUCACCAGAAGAAACAAAAUAACUCAAUCAAAGAGAUUCAGAGUUAUUCUCCGAGAUGACAAAUUAAAGGUCACAAAAGGAGAAUCUGUUGAACUACAGACGGGCAUUUCUGAACUACAGGAUGAUGAUCAGAUACAGUGGAGAUCUGAAGCUAAAGAUGCCAUCAUAGCCGUAAGAAAUGGAAAGGGCAAUGAGACCUCAAUAAACUAUGAGAUAAUUGGAAACAUGAGAAUGGAUCCGCAGACCGGAUCUCUCACCAUCACAAACAUUAAACACUCAGACUCUGGAGUUUAUGAACUACAGAUUAAGACCAAAACUACAACUUUAUAUAAGAAAUUCAAUGUUGUCGUCUGGUGUGAGUAG